AUGCCGCUUGACCCGAGUCGAUUCAACCAUCUGGAUGCAGCUGCGACAAGCCUUACAAGAGUCUUGCGCUCUGAGAAAAUCCACCAUCUGUUCCUCGGCGGCUAUGCCACAGGACUGCUCGGAGGUCAACGAAUCACUGAAGAUGUCGAUGUCGUUACCGACACUGACUGCCGCGAGGUCCUGUUGAAAAAGCCCGGUUUCUCCCGAAGCACCGACGGGCGACUGGUAUAUGACUACCGCGGAAAAAAAGUAUACGUGGAUGUUAUGAGGCCAAGCAGCCGCAAAUGGUACAUCCCAAACCCCAGAACCACCGACUUAUACAAUGUGAAACCGGAGGACCGUCCUGAGCGACAAUUAAGGAUGUCAAUGCCCAUCAUACAUCCAUCGGUCCUAGUUCUAACAAAACUCAAGUGUUGGAGCACGGCUGAGGCGGCGACCAGGCAAGCGCACCACCAACGAACGCGGACCGACCUUGCUGACAUAACGACGAUUCUUCGAUGGCUAGCGGACAACGAACUGUGUAUUAACUUUGCCGGGCUUUCGCGGGUCCCCAAAAGCGAGCUUCUCUUGCACCUGGCAAAGCUAUACUGGACGCAAAAGGACAUGCGUCCGCACCUCGCGGCGACACUGACGCCCGAGGAACUGCGAGAUGUUCUCAAUACACGUCUGACAGACAAGGAAUUCCGAGCCAUUUGGAACUCGCACUUGCAUUAG